CAUAUAUAACUGUCCCACCGACUCCAGGCAAGGAUGUUCAUGUAGUUGGUUCGUCGCUGUGCCCUUCUCCCACUGUACAACAACACAAAAGAAAAGGAGUCCCCACAGAAGGCGAGGAGAUGUAUCGGUCGGUCCUCUUAGCCCUGCUCGGCCUUAGUCUCGGGCUGGUGAAUGCCUUUCCUUCCCAGGAGCCAGACAGUGGGAAAAACUGGGUGGUUAUCGUAGCCGGCUCCAACGGCUGGUACAACUACCGACACCAGGCUGAUGCUUGCCAUGCCUACCAGAUUGUCCACAGGAACGGCAUCCCGGAUGAGCAGAUAGUGGUUAUGAUGUACGAUGACUUGGCUCAGAAUGAAGAGAACCCCACCCCUGGGAUAUUGAUCAACAGGCCAAAUGGCACAGAUGUGUACAAGGGAGUUCCUAAAGAUUACACCGGGGAUGAUGUGACCCCAGAAAACUUCCUGGCCGUGCUGAAGGGCGACUCCUCAAAAAUCAAAGGUGGCUCUGGAAAAGUGGUGAAGAGCGGCCCCAAUGAUCAUGUGUUUGUGUACUUCACUGACCACGGGGCACCUGGCAUUCUGGCUUUUCCUAAUGAUGAUCUCCAUGUUGAAGAUCUUCAGGAAACCAUUACAUACAUGCGCGAAAAUAAGAAAUACAAAAAGAUGGUGUUCUACAUCGAGGCAUGUGAGUCUGGGUCAAUGAUGAACAAGCUGCCUGCUGACAUUGACGUGUUCGCCACCACAGCAGCCAACCCUCAUGAGUCCUCUUAUGCCUGCUACUAUGACGAUCAGAGGGAAACAUACCUGGGCGACUGGUACAGCGUUAACUGGAUGGAGGACUCUGAUGCGGAGGACUUGUCAAAAGAAACUUUGCUGAAGCAGUUCAAGAUUGUGAAGAACCACACGAACACCAGCCACGUCCAGCAGUAUGGGAACAAGACAAUGGGCCACAUGAAGGUGAUAGCAUUUCAGGGUAAACACAAAGCAGACAGCCCACCGGCUCCUCCAAUGACCCUGCAGCCAAUCACAAAUCUGGAUCUGACACCAAGCCCUGAUGUUCCUCUGGCCAUCCUCAAGAGGAAGCUGAUGGCCUCCAAUGAGAUCAGCGUUGCAAGGGGCCUUCUGAUGGAGAUGAGCACACACCUCAAGAUCAGGGAGACCAUGGCUGAGACUAUGCACCAAGUGGUCGAGAAAGUGACCGGUAAUAAGCUCAAGGCCGAGGAGGUCCUCAACGACAAAGCUGAACUGUCCCAGUAUCAGUGCUACAAGGCUGCAGUGGACCACUACAAACACAACUGCUUCAACUGGCACAAAACUGAGUUUGAAUAUGCUCUGAGGCAUCUGUACGCUCUGGUGAACCUGUGUGAGAGAGGAUAUCCAGCAGUCAGCAUCCAGCAGGCCAUGGACUCUGUGUGUCAUUUCAGCAAGUAAAAGCCUUUCCACAGAUCCAUUAAAGUCUCAGAUCAGACUACGUCUUCCAUGUCGGCCUGAGAAGACGAUGCUUCCCGUUGCACUGUUUAGGAAUCAAUGUGAUGUGGAAUUGACGUUAUUGUUUUAUCAGCACACUAUAACACUUUAAACCUGUGUUUCUGAUUUUACUGAGAAUUUUUUUAACUUGUUUUAUGAUGAAAUGCACUAUCAUUGUGAUAGAAAGUUUAUGGAUGAUGUUUUACUGGUACCGAUUUUUUUUUUAAGCACAUAGAAUAGAUAAUUAUAACAUGAAAUUCAUGUAAAUUUGUUCUGCUCUCAGCUUUAUUUGUGUACACAAAGCCUUGCAUGAAUGUGUAAAGGAAGAAUACCACUUAAUAUUGAAUGUUUAUUGAACCUGGAGACUUUGUUGGAACACAGGGCUUCUGAAAUAAAAUCUGACAGACCAAAAAAAAAAAA